GUCGCUUCUUCUACUCCAACGUCGACCAUGGCUCACCACCACGAUGCCAGCUGCGGCCAUGAAAGCCACGACCAUGACCACGGUGACCACGACCAUGACACUUCUGACGUUGGACCCAAUGACAACCUCUUUAUGCAUAUCGAUCGCGACAAUGUCGUUGCACUGAAUGCUACUGGUGACGGUCCGGAAGUCAUCAAGCCUUGGCAUGAACGAACCAGCGAGGAAAAGUCUUUGGAAUCUGAUGCGGACGACCAGCUGAUUCUGCGGAUUCCAUUCACCGGUUCUGUCAAGCUUCGCUCUCUGUUAUUGAAAACCGGGCCCGCCGACCAGACACCAGCGAAAGUGGCUGUUUUCGCGAACGAGGACGCCUUGGACUUUGAAGAUGUUAAUGACAAGAUGCCUGUGCAGGAAUUUGAUGUUGUUCAAAGCAGAGACGUAGGAGAAUACGCCGUCAAAGCAGCAAAAUUCUCCAAUGUUUCUUCUAUCACUCUCUUUUUCCCCGCUUCUCAGGGUGCAGAAACCACUAGAAUUUACUAUGUCGGAUUUCUUGGCCAAUGGACUGAGCGCAAAUCUAAUCCCGUAAUAACCGUCUACGAGGCGCAAGCUAAUUUGGCCGACCAUGAAAAGAUACAGGGUACGAAUGACAUUUUCAGUGCUUCGCAGACAUAGAGUAGGAAGCUCUGAAGGCAAAGAUCAAACAUGUAUUCAUCAAUUGUACUUUUUAUGCCUCCUUGUAGUGCAGCUCUCGUAUUUUGCAAUGAGUAUGUAGAUAGUAUUCCUUAAAACGCCAAGAUUAUUUAGAACCGUAUCACUACUUAUUGCUAUGCUAUUCUACUUUGCAGCUCUACAGAAGGGAC